AUGGCAGUGAAUCAGGCCAGCGGCAUGGGCUCUGACAUUACUCUUUCCUAUGAUGAAUAUGAGUGCAAAAUCUGCUAUAACUAUUUCGAUUUGGACAGGAGGGCCCCCAAGCUGCUAGAGUGCCUGCACACCUUCUGCCAGGAGUGUCUGAACACUUUGCACCGCCGGGAAGACAGGCCUUGGCGCCUCUCCUGCCCUGUCUGUCGGCAUCGCACCGUAGUACCAGACUCUCGGGUGGACGCUCUGCCAAUCAACACCAAGGUAGCGGAGGCUUUCCCUCUGUACGUGCGGCCAGACGACCCUUUCCCCCAAGACAUCCUACCUCCCAUAACCUAUCAUCAACAGCGCGGCCUGCAGUACCACCAGAGGCCGGCAGGUGGCGCACUGUUCCACGGCUCUGCGGACUUGCGCUACAGCUUCCACCCAGGACAAGAUGCAGCGGCAGCCGUCACGCAAGGCCGGGGUCCCUUUCCGGCUCUAAAUGAGGCACCGGCCCCAAGCGCACCAUCAGCCAGAAGAGGCUAUGAACGGUGCCAGAGCUGCAAGAGGGCUGUGUUAACUGCGGGCUGUGUGUGCGUGGUGUUUUCCUUCCUGGCCAUGGUAGUUCUGCUCUUUGCCGGCCUUGUUUUUGUAAACAGGUAUCAUUACACUUAA